CUCCGCGGUACCGCCGGCGGCGGCAGGGAUCGGGCGGGUGAGGGGGCGUCGCUCGUCCGAGGCAUUGCUUUGCUGCGUGAGGGGUGAAAAGGGCGAGCACAGCUGGCUUGGCGGGCUGCAGGGCGCUUUUUGCAUUGAUAUUGGUGAAAUGAGUCUUGUGUGUGCACAUGUCAGACUGCACCUCCUCCCCUGCCUUGGGCAGUGUCUUCACUGUAUAACUGCAUGACUCUUCCACACUGAGACUUCUACCCUCUUUGGCCUUCACUGCUUCUCUGCCACACACCUCUGCAGGGCAGAACUCCUAAUGUCAGGAGCCUAAGAGGCUAAAGGUGCAUGAAAGCUACCUUGUUCCCACUAUGUUGGCUUGAAGAAUCUGAGGUAAACUAACAUAGGAAUGCUACAGGUAUAAGCAACUGAGGACAACACUUCUUGCUGUCUGGAGAUGGAAAACAACAUAAUUGCUAUCGCUUGUGAAGAACUUGAAGAGCUAAGAGAAGCAUUCAGUAAAAUAGAUAUUGACAACAGUGGGUAUGUCAGUGAUUAUGAGCUUCAGGACCUGUUUAAAGAAGCAAGUCUGCCCCUGCCUGGUUACAAAGUCCGGGAGAUUGUAGAAAAAGUCAUUGUGGUGACAGACAGCAACAAGGAUGGGAAAAUCAACUUUGAAGAGUUUGUCUCUAUAAUUCAGGAAUUGAAAAGUAAAGAUGUUAGCAAAUCUUUCCGAAAAUCAAUAAACAAAAAGCAAGGUAUUACAGCAAUUGGAGGUACAUCAGCUAUAUCUAGUGAGGGAACACAGCACUCUUAUUCAGAGGAAGAAAAAGUUGCCUUUGUUAAUUGGAUAAAUAAAGCUCUACAAGAUGACCCAGACUGUAAGCACCUCCUACCUAUGAACCCAUCAGAUGCUAGUCUCUUUAAAUCCCUUGCAGAUGGCAUUCUUCUUUGCAAAAUGAUCAACUUUUCACAACCAAAUACAAUCGAUGAAAGGGCUAUUAAUAAGAAGAAACUCACUUCUUUCACUGUUUCUGAGAACCUAAACCUGGCUCUGAAUUCAGCUUCUGCUAUUGGCUGUACUGUUGUCAAUAUUGGAUCACAAGAUUUGAAAGAAGGAAAACCACACUUGGUAUUGGGACUCCUGUGGCAGAUCAUUAAAGUUGGUCUGUUUGCUGAUAUUGAGAUCUCCAGAAAUGAAGCUCUUAUUGCCUUGCUAAAUGAAAAGGAAGAACUAGAUCAGUUAAUGAAGCUUUCCCCAGAAGAGCUCUUGCUACGUUGGGUGAACUACCACAUGGCCAACGCAGGGUGGCUGAAAAUCAGUAACUUCAGCCAAGACAUUAAGGAUUCAAGAGUAUAUUACCAUCUGCUACAUCAGAUUGCACCCAAAGGAGAUGACCCUGAUAAAUUGCCUGUUAAAAUUGACUUUUCAGGAUUUCAUGAUAAAAAUGACUUGAGGAGGGCUGAACACAUGCUCCAACAGGCAGAUAAAUUGAGUUGCAGACAGUUUGUAACUCCAGCUGAUGUGGUUGCAGGCAACCCUAAACUCAAUUUGGCUUUUGUUGCAAAUCUCUUUAACACAUAUCCAGCCCUACACAAGCCUGAUAAUUCAUCUUAUGAUCUCAGUUUAUUAGAAGAUUUGACCCCUCCUAAUGUAGGAGAGAGUAAGGAAGAAAGGACUUUCAGAAACUGGAUGAACUCCCUGGGUGUAAGCCCUUAUGUUAACCAUUUAUACAGCGACCUCUCGGACGCUUUGAUAAUCUUCCAACUGUACGACCUGAUCCGUGUGCCUGUUGACUGGAACCACAUCAACAAACCUCCCUACCCAUUACUAGGUGGCAAUAUGAAAAAGAUUGAGAAUUGCAAUUAUGCAGUAGAACUUGGGAAGACUAAAGCCAGAUUCUCACUGGUUGGUAUUGCUGGACAUGACCUAAAUGAGGGUAAUCCAACUUUGACUUUGGCUUUGAUAUGGCAGCUGAUGAGAAGGUACACUCUGAAUGUACUAUCAGACCUCGGAGAGGGGGAAAAAGUAAAUGAUGAUGUUAUUAUGAAGUGGGUGAAUCAGUCACUUGCAAAAGCAAAUAAGAAAACUUCAAUUACAAGUUUCAAGGACAGAUCAAUUAGCACCAGUUUACCUGUACUAGAUUUAAUAGAUGCCAUUGCACCAAAAGCAGUUCGUCCAGAAAUGGUCAAGAGAGAAGAUCUUUCUUAUGAAGAUAAAUUGAAUAAUGCUAAAUAUGCCAUUUCAGUUGCUCGGAAAAUUGGUGCUCGUAUAUAUGCUCUCCCAGAUGAUCUGGUGGAAGUGAAGCCAAAAAUGGUGAUGACAGUGUUUGCAUGUUUGAUGGGAAGAGGACUGAACAAAAUCAAGUAAUGAAAAUAUGGAACAGAACUUUCUGCCAUGUUAUGCACAAUGACUGCCUCGCCGUUUACAGAGUUCUGAAGUUGAGCAUGAGAGAACUUGUGUGCACACAUGUACUCCUGAGCAUGAGAGAACUUGUGUGCACAAAUGUACUCCUGAGCAUGAGAGAACUUGUGUGCACAAAUGUACUCGCUCUAAACACUGUUAGAAUGUGUUUUAGGUAAAAUCUGAUUCGGUUUCAUAGCACAUUGAUCACUUAUGGAUAGUGUUUUCAGAAUCUAUUAAUCACCGAAUUAGCAGCACAGAUUUGUAUUGUUUAAAAACCACCCCACAGCAUAUUAAUCAAGCUGCAUUUCUAUCAGUUUCUCUAGGAUUGUGAGAAUCUGCAUCAUUUUACUUAACGUUAUUUCAAGACCUGUUUUGAAACAUUGUUUGAUUCCUAUGGGUGUCACUUACAUGUUGUCAUCCAAGUCUCAAGGUGCAUUCCAAUCCUGUUGCAUUACUCCUGACUGCGUGACAGGUAUUGUCUUUGCCUUACUCUUGGAGGGCUUCACUCCUGUUGAAGUCAAUGAGUCACACAAUUGAUUUUGGUGGAAGCAGGUGAAGGUCUAUGGGAAUGUCUGAAAACUAAUGAAUAUUGAUAAACUGGUGAAAUGUUUUUAGUGGGAAUAAUCUUUAAGUAUGUGUAGUGGCUUUGCUCUGUUACUGAUGAGAAACUUUGCUGGUUUUUUCUUAAGAUACAGACUGCAAAAUAGUAACCAGAAAGAUAAUUCUGUCAUCAUCAGGUCUGCAAAUGCAGUAGGUUUUCAGUUCAACUAAGAGUCUGAUUCCCCCCCCCCUCCUUUUUUUCAUAAAAUACUGUGUAAAGAGAACAGCCAAGAGCUGGCCAGUCCCAGUCUGGGAGUUAACAUUAAGGUAUUGCAUUUCUAUAGAUUACUCCUUUUGAUUUUCCUAAAAAGUGUAUAUUGUGUGCAGAGAUUUUGUCUAGAAAGAGGAGUUUGUAAUUAUUUAUUAAAGUAUUUAUACUCCUCCCUCUGCAGCUGUA